CCUGGUCCCAAGCUUAGCUUGUCGCGGAAACAAAACAAAGAGUCGCUUUGUUCAUUGUAAACAUGAUCAAAUGGAAUAAAAAUGAUGCACCGAGAUGGAUUUUUGUGGGCAUAUGGAUCAUUAUCAAUGUCAUUCUGUUUGCUGUGACAUUUGUGAGCUACAGAGAUGCUGAUGAGUACUUUUACCUGCGGAGUCUUGUUGGGAAUUCUCUGUGCUGGGCCCGUGCCAGUGCUGCUUGCCUUAACUUCAACGUGAUGCUGAUUUUGUUACCUGUAUGUAGGAAACUCUUCAGCUAUAUCAGGGGAUGUUGUGAUUGCUGCCCCCAAAUACUGCGCAGACAGCUGGACAAAAAUAUUACUUAUCACAAGUAUAUUGCCUACAUGAUUUGUCUUCAUACAGCCAUCCACAUAAGUGCUCACUGCUUCAAUUUUGAAAAGUUAGCAGAAGCCCAUAGGAUUACCGGCAAUGACUUGAGAAGUCGUUUAACCCACCUUCCGUCAUCACCCAAUGGAACGUGGGUGAACCCCAUCCGGUCUUCGGAUCCAGACCCCACUCGUGAAGUAUUCAAGUCUGUGGCUGGAGUGAGUGGCGUCAUCAUUACGCUGUGUCUGAUUAUCAUUGUGUCAUCCUCAACAGAGAUUAUCAGACGUUCGUACUUUGAAGUAUUCUGGUUCACCCACCACGUGUUUAUCAUCUUCUUCAUUGGUUUUCUUGUGCAUGGAGCCCAAAUGAUCAUCCACAAACAGAGUAACUUGUCUAACCACCCCGUGCCAAGCUGUAGUGAGAAACGCUGGGAUGGGAAGCCGUGCGACGUGCCACAGUUUGAGGGAACUCCUCCGGCUAGCUGGAAGUGGCUGGUGGCUCCAGCGAUUCUGUACUUGUUGGAGCGACUGGCACGACUGGUCAGCGGGUUGACGAGGGUGGUCAUCACAAAGGUUGUGACUCACCCCUCCCAAGUAUUUGAGCUCCAGAUGCAGAAGAAAGGCUUCAGGGCUGCCCCAGGCCAGUACAUCCUCAUACAGUGUCCGGCUGUCUCCAAACUUGAGUGGCAUCCGUUCACUUUGACUUCAGCACCAGGUGAUGAAUAUUUUUCUGUCCACGUGCGGCGAGUUGGUGACUGGACUGAGGCUGUUGCCAAACUGUGCCAUGUGGAUGAGGGAGAUUUCCAAGAGGCCUGGAAGAUGCCACGGAUCUAUGUGGAUGGACCUUUUGGAACUGCUACAGAGGAUGUGUUUGGCUACGAUGUAGCUUUGCUUGUUGGUUGUGGGAUUGGCGUCACGCCUUUUGCCUCCGUACUCAAGUCAGUGUGGUACAAGUUUUGCGACCCAAAGGCCACAGUGUCCUUGAAGAAAGUCUACCUUUACUGGGUGUGCCCUGAUACGAGCGCGUUCGAAUGGUUUCAAGGUCUUCUUCUUGACCUUGAGCGACAGAUGAGGCAGAAGAACAUGCCAGACUUUCUGCAGUACAACAUACAUUUAACCCGUGGCUGGAAUGCCAAUCAGGCAAGGAACAUCAUGCUUCAUGAUGAUUUCUCCGACUACGAUGCUGUUACGGGACUUCACCACAAGACUCAAUACGGCCGUCCACAGUGGGAAACUAUUUUUAAAGAACAAGCUGAAUCACACAAAGGCGAGAGGAUCGGUGUUUUCUUCUGCGGACCAAAGUCCUUGUCCUCCACUCUGCACAAACACUGUAACAGAUUCUCCAGCUCAGAGUCAAAAACUUAUUUCUACUACAACAAAGAGAACUUUUGAUGCCCGGCUGGUUUUUACACACUUAUCUUUGUACCGGUUACUUGCCAAGUGUUUAUUUUUUUAUCUUUGUAUUUGCCAGUGGAGAAUAGGUUUACAUGCACGUUGUUUAGCUUUAUGUGGUUGUUGCACAGUCCAGGUAUUGUACUAUUCUGUUUUCCCAUAAAAUGAGAAAGUCAGAUUGGAUACCAGUGGUUGUGUUUUUUAUUUGUAUGUACCGGUUAGUCUCUUUGGUUGACUUUUUUUCAUGUGACGUAUUUAAAAAUUGGGAUAUAAUAUGGGUGAGAUAGCACAGUUUGGUUGUUUCAUUUUCGUUUUUGCUUGGUUGUUUUUCAAAACCUCAACUUUCAAUAGUAGCCUUUAUAGUGGCUAGCUUAGGGCUGUCUUGUGCUAACUCCGUUUUUAUGUAAAUCACUUUUUGAAAGCACUGAAAUCCUGUAGUGAAAGCAGGGGCUAAUGCAAAAUGAAACUGAAAUUCUAUGAAACUUGGACAUAGACCAGAAUGAUUUUGGGGCAAAGGGAAGGUUUUUUAAAAGCCUUUUUUUAGAUGCGACAAAAACUUCCAAAAGUCAGAAUUUGGAAUUAGUACAAGAUGGCUCUCUGUUUGCAUAGUGUUGAAGAAAUUAUUUUUAAUUAUGACGCGUGUGUCUUGAAAUAACAAGUUUGCUGUUGAUACUUCAACAAUGGAACCAUGAGUCCAAAUGUUGAAAUAUAUGAAUCAUGCAGUUGAACCUGUUGAACCAUUGUUGAGGAGAAAAGUCCUAAUCUUAGACAGGUGAUCCCCUUUCUUUUCUUCUUUUUUUCCCAACCUUUGAGAGCAUCAUAGUUGACGUCAACCUUGUAAGGACCCCCCCCCCCCCCCAUGUCAACUUUUCACUGACACACACACACACCCCUCUCCUCUGAGUGACAUCAUUUAUGAAUGGUUCCUUAGUGCAGGCUCCACUGUAUAGAGGAACACAUUGACUUGAGUAUAGGUCUACUUCAAUUUUGGUUAGUGUCUUUGCGGGGGGGGGGGGGGGGGGGAGUUGUAUGCCUCCACUGCAUGCAGACCUCAAGACAGAACAAAUUUCUGUGUUGCACUUCUUCCAGAUAAAGGUGUAUGAUUUUCCCAAAGUUGUUCAGGAACACAUUGGCCAACAACACUGUACCCCCCCGUGGCCUCCAAUCAUCCCGAGGUGCUAAAUACGCAAAUAAUGCUACUUUAUGUCUUCGUCACUAUAAUAUACCUUAUGUACUCACCUAUAACAUGACCUCUUGUAUAAUACUGGUGGUAUCCUUUUAACUUCAAUAGUGAUCCUUUUUUGUAGGUCAGGCGUAAAUCUGGGUGAAUUUCUAACAUGCUGGAGAGGGUUCAACAUGGGUGGUACUAGUCAGCUUAUUGCUGGUCUCGUACAUUUCUCCCUUAUUCUUCAGACUGGCCUACCUGACUUGAAAUGUCAGUAGUACGAGUAGAAGGAAAGCCACCCACCAAUGGUCUAAUGUUUAGAACAUUGGUAAUUGUUCAAAUGAAAAUCUUUUUCUGCAUUACUUCCUCUUUGUUGGGCUCGAUCAUGGCUAUAUAUGUGGCACGUGUAAUAAGCGGUAGGAAGUGUCUAUGUUCUCUAACGUUAGAGAAUGUAUACAAGCUGUCUACAUUCUCUAACGAAUAAAACAAAGUAACAAUAUUAAGCCUGUAGGGCCCUAUUUGAACUUCCGGAUAAGGCUAGGCUACUUUUCAAUCUUUCUUUUUCUUUUUCAAAUUGGUUUACAUUAUGUUGUGUCAUUAGAUCUACAUGAAAUAGGUCCGCCAGUCCACUCAUUGAAUUGGGUUAUUUUAUGCACUAGAUCUAGAUCUAGGCCUAUCGUAGACCCAGCAUUGAUAUGACUGACUUGACCUUGACCCACGUGAUUUGAUUUUAUGACAGUGAUGUUACAACACACACCAAAUCGGCAAUGUUUUUCCACACAUGUGAAUUUGGUAUCAUUUAUGGUCUCUCAUGUUGUAUCACAUAGGCCUACCUUGACUUUGAGGUAGGAAUACGAAAUCGUAUGUAAACUGCAAGCUAUCUUCUAAAUACUCAUUCCAGACGGCCUGAUCUUCAGUGACUUAUUCUAAGUUUUAGGGGGGGUUGAGGGGGGAAGCAUCAGAGUGCACCUUCCUUGGGUGAAAAGUGUAGGCCUACGACAUAUUAUUAUGAAAAAGGGGGGGGGUGGUGUCAUCUCGAUGGAAUGAUGAAAGGUGUUGGUUGCUUGUUAGGGGUUUAACGUCGCUGUAAAGGCAAGAUGCGGUACUGAAGACAGCUUUACUUUCGCGAGCAUUUUAAUUUCACGAAAGUAAACUUAACAGCUUGCGAAAAUAAAGUGUAAGCACUGUGGAAGCAGCAAUGUCGACUCGUUUCCAUGUUAGAUAGAGCGGGUGAGCUAUUUUUAGGUUCUCUGCUAACAUUAGAGAACGUAGACAACUUGUAUACGUUCUCUAACGUUAUAGAAUGUAGACACUACCUAAACGGUAUACUUUUGGACCUAAUUUUAGAAAAAUUGCUUGUAUGAUAGGUAAGCACAGAGGGUACGCUUUUCUUUCAGUGUUCAUGACAUCAGAAAAAAAUUUUGUACACUUUUUUUGUACUGCUACUGCAAGUUUCAUUGUUUGAAUCUUUCCAACGACUCACUUUUAUCCUACUCAAUUUUCAACUCUUGGUUUAUGUUUGAUGUUCAAGAAACAUUACUUUACCAUGUUAAAAGUGCCAUUGAGCGUCGGAGAGAGUCGUUAAUCACAUAUAUAUAUAGACAUAUCUGGCAAUGCCAGGUGUGCGUUGGAGAGAGUCAUAUAUAUAUAUAUAUAUAUAUAUAUAUA